UUUUUGAGAGAAGGAUGUAUGCAAAAGCAUUCAAAGAAAGGAGGGCAGCAGAGGAUGUUCUUCCUGUUUUCUGAUAAGCUGGUAUAUGCAAGCAGAUUGGCUGCUCCUCUACAAUUUCGUGUCCAUGGGCAGAUGUCUCUUAAUGGAAUGAUGGUCAUGGCUUCUAUUCCUCACAGUUUUGUAAUCUACACGCAAGACAAUAAGUGCAUUGUGGUCAGUACUGCUAAUGAUGUGGAAAAAGUUCGUUGGAUUGAAGACUUGAAGAAAGCCAUCGAAAACUAUCAGUCUUAUAAUGCUAACGGUGAUACCGUUGCAUCCAGUAAUGCAUAUUCUAGUUUGAAAUCCAACAAUGAAUCUGUGAACGACGACAACCGAAGUCCAUCAAUACAACACAAUGUGAUACAACAUCGGGCAAACAACACCAUGCAUGUGUGCUGGCAUAGAAACACAAGUGUCAGUUUGCAAGAUCAUUGUGUUGCUCUUGAGAAUCAGUUGAGCGGCUACUUACUCCGCAAGUUCAAAAACAGCAAUGGGUGGCAAAAGUUGUGGGUCGUUUUCACAAAUUUCUGUCUAUUUUUCUACAAAAAUUAUCAAGAUGAUUUUCCUCUGGCCAGCCUACCCUUGUUAAAUUAUAUGAUAAGUACUCCAAGUGAAAAUGACAACAUAAACAAAGAUUUUGUUUUUAAACUUCAAUUCAAGAACCACGUAUAUUUUUUUCGAGCAGAAAGUCAUGUAACAUUCAGCAGGUUAUUUUAUUGUCAUGUUUUUUGUUUUCUGAUAAUUUUCAUAUUUUAUAUUUAUUAA